ACCGAGUUACAGGCCGAGCGGGGGAAGUCCGUGUACCUUCUAUUCCCGGAAGGGCUGAGACCUCGCAUAUUCAUCGACGCCGCCAAUCUGAGGGUCGGAAUUGGGAGUUUUUAAAAAAAAGUUAAUCAAAUUCGGACCACAUUUUCAUGUGAGAUUCGAUCAUUAUGGAUUUCAGGUCGAUAUCAUCGAGUGAAUAUAUUUCCAUUUUCACUUUAAUCUUCGUCGCAACAGAUGGAAGAGGCUGCAGGCAGCUUUGUCUUUUUUCCAUUUGUUAACCGACCACACCUCCCAAAGCUAAAAUGAAUGCAUUUGAUAUUUUGAUCAAAACAAAUCCCUCUGCCGUGGAAUUUGGAGACUCUCUGGAGGUGACCUGCUUUACAACGUGUAAAAACCCAGAGAUAUAUGUGGAAUAUAAACAAGGGAUUAAUCCCAACACAACUAAAGGUGAUAACUGGGUCACAGACCAGUUCCCGAGUGUCCAGAAAUGGGAUUUCACAGUGCCCUGUGUGGUAAAUGUCAAUCUGCUAACAGGACGAACGACAAAAGGGCGGUGGUCACAGUGUACAAUCGAGAGUUAAAUGUGAGUCAGCCUCCUGAACUGCUGGAAUUUAACAAAUCAUACCAGCUGGAGUGCACUGGUCCGAGGGUCUAUCCAAAAAACAAUCUCAUACUCACAUGGCUCAGAGGGAGUGAAGUUGUCCAAAAUAAUUCCACAGGAGAAGCAGGUUUCCCGGAUGCAGAUGAUCGAUUGAGGAAUGUCCUUAAUUUCAUUGCAAACACAUCGGAUGAUGGACAGAUGUACACCUGCUCGGCAGAGGUGGACUUGGGCUCUAACAAAACAAAACUAAUCACAAACUCCUCUGUGACUCUGAAAACUUACUCUUUUCCAGAGCCUCCCAGGAUCCUCAGCAGAGACCCCGUAGAAGUGAAUCAGGAGGUCACGUUGACGUGUGAGGUUCCAAAUGUCUAUCCUGCUGAGAAGAUGAGAGUAAGAUGGCUUCAGAAUGGUGAAGAACUGAAGUCAGUUACAAACACACCAGAUCCCACCACUGUCCAGGCAACGACUGCAUGGACACCACGAGAGACCGGUUGGACUGAACUCAUCUGCACGGCAGAAUUUGAGGAUUAUCCAUCAGUUCCAUCAAAGAACAACAGCAUUUUCAUUGAGGUGUACGUUUUACCUGAGCCUAAGAUCCUAAUACCGAACAGCUAUACGGGAAUUCGCGUGAAUAUUACCUGCAGUGUGUUUAAUGUCUCAGGGGAACUUCAACUGAGACUGAAGAAGGGAAGUGAGAUAUUAGUGAACAGAUUGGCCAGUACUGGGCUGACUAUCUUCCACACUGUGAAUCCACAAGCAGAGCUGAAUGGACAGCAGUACACCUGUGAGACUGAGCUGACACUUCAACAGCACUUCAAGCACAUUGUUAAACGACAGAAUGCCACUCUCAAUGUUCAGGGUUCCACAGAUGAAAAAUGGAUAUAUGGGUUCAUCAUAGCCAUUCUGGCAAUAUUGGCAAUAGUGGUAAUCAUUUACAUAAAGCACAGAGUUCAUAAAAUAGGACAAUAUAAGGUACUGAAUGCAAGAGCCAACAAAAAUCAAGAAAUCCCUUGUGGGAAAGAACAUCAGAACAAUAUUCCUCUGGAGACUGUGAAGCUAGAAUAUAGCAAUUUACAAACAGGUUCAACCAAUUCAAAUGGAAUUAAAAACUGCUGAUUCUGUAAGAUAUCACGAUGAUCCUAUUAGCUUUGUUAUUGAGGAUAUUGGUCCCAAUCCUCAACCUUAUACUUUUGGCAUUUCUUUGUAUUUGAUAAUGUUUUUGCCAAGGACCUAAUGAAAAUAUUUUUUAUAAUUAAGUUACUUAUAUUACAAUUUGUUUAUGUUAUGAUAUCGCUUGUGUCUUUUGCAGUUACACCUUAUAAGUUUUCAUUACUAUAGUUUCUGAGUAGAUGCUGUAUAUUUUACUAAAAUGAUAUUCAUAAUUUUUUCAAUAAAGGCAUAUUGUUUUAUUUGAUGUUUGUAUAGCUAAACAAGUAUUCUGUAAUGAUAUAACAAAAAUUAUUUUGUAAUCAUUUGUGCAGGUGAAAUAUUUGAAGAAAAAUAUUGCAACUUAAUAGUGAAGUAAGAUUAAAUACAAAUAUUGGUGGAAAAUCUCUCUCCUUCACCCUUCAAUGUAGUUGUCCUUACAGCAUUAGCUCCUGUCUCCCACUCCUGCUGUCAACUGAUAAAUUUCCUUUAAGUGCAAGGGACUGCACACUGGACACUGUACAAAAGGCCCAGUCACUUAUUGUUAGAUCAGCUCAACCACAUUAUGUUCAUCACUGAGUCAUUCUUCAGCUAAGUCUUAUUGCUCCUGAAAGGCGAGG